AAUGGCAUUCGGGCAAUGGGCUGGAGCCCUGACCAGGAGCUGGUGGUGUUUGUCGAUGGUUCCUUGAACGUGGUCACCAUGAUCGGCAGUGCGUAUGAAGCGAUCGAAGAGAUUCAGCUGACGGAGGACACGUUCGGCGAUCGACAGUUCAUGAGCGUCGGCUGGGGCAAGAAGGAAACCCAGUUUCAUGGUUCGGAGGGUAAGGCGGCUGCCAAAAAGCCGCGCCACGAAGACGACGAUUACGGAACACCGGGCGAUGGUGGCGGCGGGAGUAACGAUACGCCCGGUAGGGUCGCGAUAAGCUGGCGGGCCGAUGGUGAACUGUUUGCCGUGAGUUUUACCGCUCCUUUCGGUCAGCAGGCGUUCAAGGUGUUCAACAAAGAGGGUGCCCUCCAGUUCACCUCAGAACGGUGCAGUGGCCUGCAGAGUCUUAUCGCUUGGCGUCCGUCCGGUAACUGGAUUGCCAUACCGCAGGUGCAGCAGCGAGGGGAACGUUACUCGAUCGCGUUGUUCGAAAAAAAUGGUCUGCGGCAUCGGGAAAUUCCCCUCUCAAUCAAUGCCCUUGAAGGAGAGGGUAUGGCCUGGCUGGACUGGAGCCCCGAUUCGGACGUGCUGGCGGUGCAGUGGGCUGGUGAGGCCGGUACUUUCAUCGACCUAUACGUGAUGGGCAAUUACCACUGGUACCUGAAGCAAUCGUUGGCGUACGAGGAGACGGAAAUUUGUUCCGUACAGUGGGAUCAGAGGUUUGCCGCUGGCAAAACUUUGCACAUUGUAACCAACAAGGAUGGAAUACUCGAGUACGAACGGGUGCGGUUCGAUUUUCGCAUUGAUCGUUCGGCAGGCAACGACGGAGCGAUGGUUGCUGUGAUCGACGGAAAGCGGCUGCUGUUGACUAACUUUGCGCACGCCGUCAUUCCACCGCCUAUGUGCGCUUACACCGUGGAACAGGAGCAUCCGAUCAAUGCGGUCGGAUACAUUCGCAGCCCGGGUCGGUGGAUCGUCAAUCAGACAGACAUUAGCUGCAAUGCGUUCUUCACUGUCGAUUCACGCAACGUGAUCAGCUUUUAUGAUGUCGAUUUCGGUGACCCACAAAGUAUUGGCCUUUCGAAUGGCAUGACCCCCUUAAAGGGCGCUAAGCUGCUAAUGAAGAAGGAUAUUUGCGAAAGGCUUCUUGAACGGGACGAUUGUACGCAGCUCCACUGGUUGUGGCUGAAUCCGGAUCAUAUGCUUUUGGCCGACGGGUCCGUGUGCUGCGUGUUACGCAUCGUUCCUGGAGAAAAGUGAUGGAAUUCAACCGAAUCGUUGCAUGACAUUGUGUGCAUUGAAGCAUUCUCUCCACACGUGGCACUGGUGGAGUACGCUUCGGGUCAUGUGGGGGAAAUCGCUGAACUUGGGGCCGAGCAACCCACGAUACGCCCUCAUAGCAUUCUUCCCGAACCGUGCCAACAGUUGUUAGUUGCGCGAGAAAGCGCAGGACGAGCGGAGCUUUUUGCGUUUUCACCCAAUCGACGCACCCUUUAUCGGAACGGGAAACUGCUGGCGAAUGAGGUGACUUCAGCUUUGCUGACCACGUCGUACCUUCUAUUUACUAACAUCUCGGAACUCAAGUUUGUGCCGCUGGCCUUAGACACGAUAGUCGGAGAAAGACGCAUCGAACGUGGCUCAAAGCUUGUUACCGUUGUGCCGGGAUCUUCACGCACCGUGUUCCAGCUGCCCCGGGGAAACCUGGAAGCCAUCAACCCGCGUGUCCUGUCGCUUUACCUAAUCGCUCAGAAUUUGGAGGUGAGCGAGUAUUGUAAAGCGUUUGACAUUAUGCGCAAGGAACGCAUCAACCUGAAUCUGUUGGUUGAUCAUGAUGCCGGACAGUUUGUGCAGCUUUUGCGAACCCACUUCCUGCCACAGAUCACCAACGUUAACUGGUUGAACCUGUUCAUCACCGAUCUGGCACCGCAGGACGUUUGCCGCACGAUGUACGAGAGUAAUUAUCCUAACCGCAAGGAAGGCGCGCUGAUGCUUCCGGAUGGGUACUCCGUCGAAGGGAAGGUUUCGUUUAUCUGCGCUCGUUUGCUGGAGGCAAUGGAUCCGGCUCCAACAGUUCUAACACUACCGAAGAUUACUUGCUACGUGAAGCAAGGCCAGCUGGAGCAAGCCCUAGUCCUCAUUUGGACUCUUAAACACGAGCAAGGGCUGGAUGAAGCGGCCGACGAAGCACUUCGCUAUCUACUGUAUCUAGUGGAGGUGAACACCCUGUACGAUGUGGCCCUCGGAAUGUACGACUUUGGGCUAGUCCUGUUUGUGGCCACCAAGUCGCAGAAGGAUCCGAAAGAGUAUCUUCCCUUUCUGAACGAGCUGAAGCGCAUGGAGGAAGACUAUCGCAAGUAUCGCAUCGAUUGUCAUCUGAAGCGGUACGACCGGGCGCUGGGACACAUCGCACGUUACGAAGCCGAUGACGAGCGGUUUAAAGAAGCGCUUGAUCUUACCAUUAGCCACGAGCUGUAUCCGACCGCCGUCGAUUGCUACCGUAACCGUAAUGAAGGGUAUUAUCGGACGGUUUGCGAGCGUUAUGGUGAUCACCUGCGCAAGGGGGGAAAGCAAGCGGAAGCGAGCCUGAUGUACGAACGGGCACACAAUUUCCAACAAGCGAUCGCCUCGGCCCGUCACGCUCUCGAUUGGCGUAGGUGCGCGCGUCUGACCGCACGCCACACACCCGACGAUGCCGCGCGGGUACUGCGAGCCCUCGUCCCGGCACUCGUAGAGGCAGGAGAUCACGAGGCAGCGGCCACUAUUGCCGCCGAUCACCUGCGAGACUAUCGGCUGGCGGUGGACUGUCUGCUGAAGGAUCAUCGUUACGAACGUGCCAUGCAGGUGGUCAGUGGAUCUGAUGAUGUGUCGCUACAGGACCUUGUACGGAGCGCACUGCAUGUGUAUCUGGCGACGUUCGCGUUGUCGAUCGUCACGGAGAGAGAACAAUUUUUGCAUUACAAAAGUCGUCUUUUGGUGGUGCGGGAGGAGCGAUCGAAAGCCUCCCAAAGGCAGGCGAACGGGCAGGAUGAUGGUGAUGUGGAAAUGGACUGCGGUGAUUGUGAUCUGUUUUCGGAUAGCUCCACCAUUGCCUCAUCGCGUCAUACCAGCAGCUCUGGACGGUCGGGCAAAUCUCAUCGAUCGAGCAAAAAUCGCCGCAAACAUGAGCGUAAGUUGCAAAACCUGAAAGAGGGCAACCCGUUCGAGGACAUUGCGCUUGUUGAUGCACUGCACACGCUUGUUCAGCGUGUCUGCAGCGUUGAUCGCCAGCGACACAUAAGAAGCACCUGUCAGGUGGCCGUGGAAUUGUCCUACGACGAGGAGGCACGAAUCUUGCAGCGGGAAUAUGGUGCCCUGUUUCAGCUGGUGCGCUACUCGCUCGAUGCCAUCUGGAUACCGGAGAUGAUUGUGCCAGGAUUGCCCCCCAGUACCAGCGGUGGUCAGCAGGAUGAGCAAAACGGCUCGGAGACUAAGGCCACCCUCAGAACGGCCCUUUCUCCGGCAGAUUUGGUGCAAGCACAAAACGCCCAGCGAUACGCUCUAAUCAAACCUCAUCAACGCUACAAGCCGGACAUUCAGACGAUUCCGUGGCAGUGGGACAUUCUGAAGUAA